CGUCACCCGCACCCUCACUGUUGACCUCCCCUCAUCCACCUCAUCCACCCUUUUCGAUAGCAGCUUGCAUUUUAUUGCUUCUCUUUCUCACUAUAUUGAGUGGUAUACAGGGUCGUGAUACAUUUCCAUCUGCCUGUCACUUUGCCCAGGCUAAAACCCCGCCUUCAUUACCCCGCCUUUGGGCUCUCCCUCUCGCUCCAUUCGAAUUUCUCGCAUCGAUCAGCAAUUAUUGCACCCACCCCGUGCGACCAUGGCCUCCGAUCUAGACCAGCUCAUUGAGAUGGGCUUUGACAAGGAGAGAGCACAGCUUGCAGUCGCCAAAGGCACCGGACGUACGAUUUUCCCUCUGGCCCUCAAUGUCGCCGACUGCUGACGUGCUUCAUUUUUUUACCACUUUAGUGCAGGGUGCUCUAGAAUGGCUCGAAAAGAACCAAGACAAAUCGAUCGAUGAAAUCAAGGAAGAUGAGGAGGCUGAAGGUCCUGCACUCGCGCCUGGUGAAGAGGCUCGCAGUCUAGUCUGCAACGAGUGCGGCAAGAAAUUCCGAAGCCACGCCCAAGCUGAAUUUCAUGCCUCGAAAUCCCAACAUACCGACUUCUCUGAGUCAACGGAGGAGCUUGCGCCACUGACUGAUGAGCAACGGCAAGCGAGACUCCAGGAGCUCAGAGAAAGGCUGGCCGCCAAGCGAGCGGUGCAGUCUGAGCAGGAUAAGGUUGACCAGAAGAGGAAUGAGGCAAUCCGGCGGAAAGCUAACAAGGAUUCACAAGACGUCAAGGAGGAGCUGGACAGGAAACAAAGGCUGAAGGAAGCGGAACAAAAGAAGAAGGACAAGAUGGCAGACAUCGAAGCUAAACAGCGGGUCAAAGCCAGGAUUGAGGCGGACAAGCAAGAGCGCCGACUCCGGGCUGAGCGUGAGAAAGCCGAGAGAGCUGGUGUAGCACCUCCUGCGCAACCAGCCCCAGUCCCAGCAGCCACGACAUCCGGCCCGGUCUCCUCGAAGCCUGCAUCGGCCUACACGGAAACUCGUCUGCGAUUCCAAACGCCCAAGGGCAAUAUCAUGAAAACGGUCCCUGUGACAACUACCCUGUUCGAAGUUGCCGCGGCUCUCAAGCAGGAGGAUGGAGUUGAGGUACAGAGCUUCGUUCAGAACUUCCCUCGCAAAGUAUUCAAUGCGGAAUUAUUUGGUGAAUCUUUGAAGGAUCUGGGGCUUAUCCCGAGCGCGAGUCUUGUGAUUCAGUGAUUUGAAGGGGUUCAUUCUGGUUUAUAUUCUCUUGCCACCUAAAUUCUCCGAUAGAAACACACAUUGAGGGCAGGAGAGAUCGAGUCAAAUGACGGCAAAGUGAUAGUAAUCUGGCUGCGUUGGAGCGUUAGUGUGGCAAAGCCGAAGGCUGCCUAAUGCUGCCUGCCUCUAUAAGUUCAAAC